CUAGAUUUUGGGCGGUCGUCAUUGGCAUUGAUGCAUACAGAGUAUCUCCACUGCGCGGCUGCGUGUCAGACGCUUUGUUAAUGGAGAAAUUCUUAACGGAGCACCUUGGCGUGCCCAAAAUACGGGUUCGCCGCCUUAUCGGUACCCAGGCAAAUACAUUCCCAGACGAUCCCUCUAUUCCCUCCCGUGUCAAUAUUAUUCGAACCCUUCUCAGUGUCAUGACCAACCCGCAGAUCGAGUAUGGCGAUAACAUCAUCGUCUAUUAUUCUGGACACGGCUCGCACUACUCCUGUUCAGAGUACUUCCAGAGUCGGGACACGGACUCUGACGAUGAGGAAUCCUCUGCUGCAGGGAGCGGAUCUAUUGAGGCCCUCUGUCCGAUGGACCGUAACACUCUCGACACCAACGGUAUCCCUGUCCCUGACAUCAGCGACCGAGAGAUCAACACAAUCCUUUUCCAGAUCUCUCGCAUCAAGGGACAUCGAAUUACUCUUAUCCUAGACUGUUGUCACUCCGGUGGUAUGACCCGGGACCUGCCUGAACCAGGAGUUCGCACCGUCUCCCCACUUGCUUCGCUCGAGGAGAUGCUCCUUGCCGCAGACGAGACCUUGAAGCACUUCCCUAAUUAUAGAUCCGUAUUGGCAGAGGACUGGCUCCCGGAUAUGAAUUCUCACGUGGUACUGGCGGCGUGCAGGGAGUACGAGUUCGCAAAGGAGCAGCGAGGAAAGGUUGGGUUCAACGGGAUUUUCACCCAGGACCUUGUUCGCACUCUCAAGUCUGGUCACUUGGGAGAAGGAUCGACAUAUGUCGACCUUGCACAAUCCUUGCCUCGCUCGCGCCACCAGACGCCAGUCGUUGCUGGGAAGAACAAAUAUUCGCGAUUGUGGUUCCAAGAUUGAUGGUGCUAGCAAUAUAUGCAUGUGGGAAGCAGGCCUCCCAUUGACAGGUUGGUGUCCGGCGCUGUGUAUGACUCAACUGAUGACCAUGACAAG